GGCUAGACGGCUGUGAAUAGUGUGAAAAAGUCUGGGUGUUUGAAAGGAUGGCGAAAGCUUACGGGUUGUUUGGAGGAAAGCUAACACAGUGGACGGGGCAUGGAGAGGAUAAGAUUGUCCAUAGCACCAGAAGAAGUACGCUGUACAUUGGACAGGAUUCCAUUUGCGACAUCCAGCUAAAGGAACCCAACGUUGAGCCCUUCCACUGCAGUAUUGGGAUAGGAGCGCUUGAUAUGAUUCAAAUCAAAAAUCUGUCUACUGAUAAUCCAGUCCAGCUCAAUGGGGUUUCAGUAGUUGAAGAGGAGUUCCUCAAGUCCGGGGACUGUUUUAAUAUUGCGGAUCACAAGUUUUUGUGGGAACUUGUAACACCGAAAGAGGACACUGAUGAAGACGUAAGAGAAGAAGUCAACAACAAUACAAUCGAGUCAAAAAAACAAUCGACAGAAGAUGAAGAAAAUACCACAAAGAGAUCUCUUCGGGAUAGAAACACCAACGUUAAUUAUUCGGAUAGAAGUUAUCAUCCCAAUCGACGAGCUAAACAGACGAAGAACACAAAGGACGAAAACAAAACCACUGGAAAAAUCAAGGACGAUGUCAAGAAAUCUUCAAACGGAGGGCAAGGAGUCAUAAACAAGGCUGAAAAGGAACUUCCGGAAGUUCCAUAUACUCUCAGGAGCCGGGUGAAAAAAGGAAAAAUGAUGCCGCUGUUUUAG